AUGUUUAUCCGCGCUCGGUUUGCUGAAAUAUUAGAAUCUGAACUACUGAGUCAGAUUCUUGCCCCUGCAACAUGCAUAGUCGUAUCCGUAACAGCUUCUACCACGCAAGGUAAAUCGUUAGAACCAGAAGAACUGAAUGCUGUGCGGGAGGCGUGCGAUCUCGCUGAGAAACUGCAUACGGACAGGAUUUCGAUGUACCGGCUCAUCGAAGUGCGAAUGUCCUUAAUUGCUCCAAACCUCGUUCACUUGUUAGGAGCAGCUACCACUGCGCUGCUGGUAUCACAAGCCGGUGGAUUGGCCCCUCUUUCAAGAAUGCCCGCGUGCAACAUCCAAGUGCUUGGCCGUCAAAAGCGAUCACUGGCUGGAUUUUCGUCUACCACAGCUCUGCCGCAUGCUGGAUUCGUUUAUUUCCAUCCGCUCGUACAGUCUAUGCCGCCAGAUCUGAAAUCCAAGGCUGCCAAAAUUCUCGCUGCUAAAUGCACCCUUGCUGCUAGAGUUGAUUCACUUCACGAGUCUCCAAAUGGUGCCAUAGGAAUGCAUUUGCUCGACCAGGUUCGGACUAAAAUGGAAAAACUUUUGGAACCUCCACCUGUAAAAGCUAGUAAGGCUUUGCCAAAACCACUGGAUAAAGCGAGCAAGAAGAGAGGAGGGCGCCGUGUGCGUAAGAUGAAAGAGAGGAUGGGUAUGACAGAUCUGCGCAAGAGCGCCAAUCGCAUGAAUUUUGGAGAAUUAGCUGAGGAUGUGCUACAAGACCAUAUAGGGUUUGAUUUGGGUCAAAUUUAA